AGCUGCUUCAUGUGUUGUCACAACAACACAGCAGGGUUGGAAGCACUCUUUUCAUUGACAAAACAGGCACUUCAAGUGUGUUUGCGUCUUUCAUUGUGUAUCAUUGCUGUUGUUUGUGUCCCUGGAGGACCACCGAGGACAUCAUUAACAGGAGACACUCACUUGCAGAGACUCAGUGAGAGGGUACCUUCAUACUUGCAUCACUGCUCUUAUGAUCAUCUCUCAUCCAGCCUGGAGAGUCAUUCAUCAGCCUCUCGGAAGCUCAUCCCCUCAUUAUUGUCAUCAUAAUUAGGCCCUCCAGAGGCCCAAGCUCAUGGAGAUGGCAGAUCUUCCCGACAGACGCCAUAGCAACUUCCCCAGUGGACAAACCAAAUACAGUAACGUGACAAUAGAGCCUGAGUCUUCUGAGACCCGUCCAAACGUAGUAAGCAAAGAUGUCCAGAGACUUCUGGGUAAUUCUCGCAAAGCUGUAGUGAGACUGGAGCGUCUUGACUUCAACACUUUAUCUGUAGCGUCUCUGGAGCCUGUGGGAACUCUGAAUGAAAUGAAUCCAAAUGGAUCAUAUGCGGUGGAGAUUGAAGAGAAAAGACCCAGCUCCCCUGCACUGACACCAGAACAGGAAUCCAAUCCAGAUCUAUCUUACAUUGUGGUUCACCAGCAUGGGAAGACCGACUCAGACACCUUCUACUUGGAUCCUGACCGGCAGCUCAUCAUGGUGCUUGAGCUUGAGCCUGAAGAGCCGGGAUGUGAACAGGCACCAGAGUCCAAAUGUGGAGAUCCUAAUGAGGACCUCUCAUCUCAGGAAGUGGUCCAAAGUGGAAGUGAGGAGAUGGAGAGUGAAGACUACUGUGCUGUUUGUCUGAAUGGAGGUGAUCUUCUGUGCUGUGACGUUUGCCCAAAAGUUUACCACUUGGCCUGUCACAUUCCUUCACUCCUGAGCAUCCCGAUGGGAGACUGGGCAUGUUCACUGUGCACAACAGAUCACAACCCAAAUGAAGCCUUCACCAGUGAGGGAGUCAGCACCUCGUACGCUCUGUCCCAUCGGGACCAGAGGAGAUGUGAGAAGCUGACAUUACUGCUGUAUGUCAACACACUGAGCGCUCCUUUCCACGAGCCCGUCAGCCACCUAGCGAGGAACUACUACCAGGUCAUCAGGAGGCCCAUGGACCUUUCACUGAUCCGCAGGAAACUGGACAAGAGCAACACUCUGCACUACUUUACAGCUGACCAGUUUGUCCACGACGUCCUUCUGAUGCUCAGCAACUGUGCUACCUUCAACUACCCCGACUCGGAGGUGGCCCGGGCCGGUCAAAACCUGGAGGUGUUUUUUCUGUGCAAGCUGAGGGAGAUUUUUCCCGACAGGAUGUUCUCGUUGGCCAGCCGGGACAGGAUGGAGCGCGCUCGCCUGCAGUGGCGCAGCAGGAGGAGGAAAGAGGCCAGCAGACGGAAGAGAUGUGUGAGGAGAAAACACUUUCUACUCUAAACAUUCUUGGCUGUCAUGUUGGGUCACCAAUAAAAAUAUGUUAUUUCGAGCUACAGCUACAGUGGUGUGAAAAAAGUGUCUAAUUUCUUAUUUUUUUGCAUGUUUAUCACACUUACAUGUUCAGAUACAUGGAUGAUAACAUGUAAUAGGGAAAAUAGGGAAAACUAUAUUUAAUAGGGAAAAACUAAACUAUCUUACUGUAACUGUAACUAUCUGUACUGGAACUUCUUUCCUAGGUGUGUCAAUCAUUUUUGGAUAAUGGCUCUCACUGUGGUUUGCUGGAGUCCCAAAGCUUUAGAAACGGCUUUAUAACCUUUUUCAAACUGAUAGAUCUCAGUUAAUCUCAGUCACGUUAUGUUUGAAAAGGGGGUCAAUCACUUUUCAACACACGGCCACCAUGUAGGUUUGGAUUCUUUGUUCUCCCUUAAUAAAAAAAAACGUUUAAUUUUGUUAUGUUCAGUUGUGUUGUCAUUGACAAAUAUUAAAAUUUGUUUAAUGAUCUGAAACAUUUUAGUGUGACCUACAUACAAAUCAAUAACAAAUCAGGGGGUGCAACAACCUUCCCACAAUACUCUAUAAUCUAUGCAUUAGUGUUGCAUGUCUUGCUGCCUCGGGCCUUUCAGCUUCUUCAGCCUCCACAUUUGGCCUCUUCUCAAACAAACACUCAUAUACAGGAUCAUCUGUCAGGAAAAAGCAGCUCUUGCCAUAAAAAGACACGGACAAAGUCUGCUGAUAAGAGAAAUCUGCAGCGUGGUCAUAAAGGCUGAAUGUCUUAGAUCACAGAAGCAGGAGUAGAGUGUGGAG